AUGCCACUAUUUGACUUUGGAUUUCUGCUUAUAAAUACCCUAAUCAGAAAGGUAUCAAAUGGAUCUAUUGUCCUCAUCAUUUACAUGGACUGGUUCAGAAGCAGAAAAUUAUCCCCAACUGACCUUAUCCUGAGCUCCCUCGGGCUGUCAAGAGUUCUAUUGGAGAUGGUCAUUAUUUUGAAUGCAACUACUAUGUUUUCUUUUUUUAAGCAAACCUACAUCCUGAAUGAGAUGCAGUUAAUCAUCAACAUCAUGUGGAUUUUUACGAACAAUGUGAGCCUUUGGUUUGCUGCCUCACUGAGUGUUUUGUACUUUGUGAAGAUCACCAUCUUCUCUCACCCUUUUUUCCUCCAAAUGAAGCAAAUAUUCUCUGGACUGGUCCCAUGGCUGCUUUUGGGCUCGAUGGUCUUCUCUGCUGUUGUGACUAUUAUUGUUAUCACAGCCUGGGGACCUGACUUCUCCAUCUGCAAUCCCUACAAGUCCCUUUUCAGCAGCAGCAGCAAUCCAGAAAUCCUUAACUUCACUAUUGUGUCUACUGCCCCCAACUUCAUUCCAAUUGUGAUAUUUUUGUUAUCGUCUGUCUUCCUAAUAAGCUCUCUUUGGAAGCACAUAAGACAAGUACAACACAAUGGAACUGGCAUCAAGGAUCUCAGCACACAAGUUCACCUGACUGCCAUCAAAGCUCUGGUUUCCUUCGCUAUACUGUACCUCUCCAGUUUUGUUGCGGUCACUUUGAGGUCCACAUUGGCCAGGAGAAAGUAUGAGCAGAAUUGGAUAUCUAUACUUUUAGGAAUUGUGGGUGUCCUAUAUCCCUCUGGACAUGCCAUUAUCCUGAUAAUAAUUAGUCCCAAGCUGAAACUGACAUGGAUGCAGACGCUACGUCACUUAAAAUGCCAUCCGAGUGAAGCAUCAUCUUAA